AUGGCAGCUCGGUCUUCCGUUUCGGCUCUUCAUUAUUUGGCCAUUGGCCGACUCGGUCGUGGUGAAGUAGUCAAUCUCUUCUUGAAAGACGCGGGAAUUGAAUACCAAGACAUCCGAUAUCCUUAUGAUGACACUUGGUCCCGGAGCAGCGAGGAGCUGAAGCGGAAGGGACUGACAAGGACUGGUAAAGUCCCUGCAGUAGAAUACAAGGGUGUGACUUUGAAUCAGCAUAUUCCAACCUUGCGCUAUAUCGCCCGAGAUCUUGGCCGCUAUGAUGGAGAAACAAACUGGGAAAAGUUUAUUGUAGACGCAGUAUCGGAUGUUUACAUUGAUUGGAGAUUCAAAUGGGUUCAAAAUCUUGGGCAAGCAACGGACGAGUAUAAGAACAAGUUUGCGCCAAGUUAUUACGACACAAUAGCGCAGUAUUACGGCGAAACUGAUGGCCCUUACUUGCUGGGCGACAAAGUCACCUACGCUGAUUUUGCUGUUUAUCAGUCUAUUGACAAUGACCAAAGGACAGGGACUCUACCAGCAAACCUGUCUACCUCUAUCACAAAGUUCAAAGAGACAUUCGAACAGCGCCCAAACAUUGCACAGUAUAUCAAGGAGAACUUGCCAAAGCUUUAG